CCCCUGCGGGAUCCAGAAAGGAUUAUCUCAUCUUAAAUGCAAUGACGAGUUGAGCCGGUUGGCUCUGUGACAUAUUCUGAUUCAUUUAUGAUCAGAGCAGAAUUUUUCCGAAUUGAGCGGCGAGACCAAGAUUGAGCCGCUGUUGUUUUGCGGCAGCUCCACUCGGACAUGGACAAAGGCGACGGGUCCAUCAAGUACAUCCUGACGGGCGAAGGCGCUGGCACCACUUUCACCAUCGAUGACAGCACGGGCGACAUCCACGCCAUCCAGAGGCUGGACCGUGAGGUCAAGGCUCAGUACGUGCUGCGAGCUCAGGCCCGCAACCGCCUCACCGACAGGCCGCUCGAACCCGAGUCCGAGUUCAUCGUCAAGAUCCAAGAUAUCAACGACAACGAACCCAAGUUCCUGGACGGACCCUAUCGAGCGUCGGUGCCGGAGAUGUCCAAAAUAGGAACGUCAGUGAUUCAGCUGACCGCAACGGACGCAGACGACCCGACGUAUGGCAACAGCGCCCGGGUGGUCUACAGCAUCCUGGAGGGUCAGCCUUACUUCUCGGUGGACGCCAAGACCGGCGUGGUGCGGGUCUCACUGGCCGACAUGGAUCGGGAGACCAGGGAGAACUACACGGUGGUCAUCCAGGCCAAGGACAUGGGCGGCCAGCUGGGCGGCCUCGCCGGAACUGCACGGGUCGACAUCUCGCUCGGCGACGUGAACGACAACCCCCCCGUCUUUGAUCAAA